GGAAAGUUAUGGCUAUUUCGUUGCUUAUUACCGGGAAACCAAGUUUAUAAAUUGACUAGACAACCCCAGUUUUUCUGUGACUUGUUGAGUGUUAGUGCGCUCCUGUGAUUUUUACCCUUUCUUUUGAGCAUUUUUAUACCUUUCUCUCUCUCUCUCUCUCUCAAGCCCUUUGCUUAUUUAAAAACCUGCCCCUUGCUGUUUUUCCAUACACCUAAGAUCUCACAUUGCCAUCUUCUCUGUUUUUUCUCCUCUGUUUUGUUCUCUACUCUGUUCAGGUAUCGAGGCUAGACAUUGAAAAUUAGUUUGAUGUUUCUUUGACAACUAGAUGUAGUAUAAGAUUUUAAUGUUUUUGCCUAUCUGGUUCUGAAGUUUUGAUUUUGGAUUUUGAAAUUAUAUAGACGAUAAGCAAGAAGAGUAAGAAGAAUGACUAACCAACAAAAUGUGGCGAUUGUUGAUGUGAAAUCGCUUGGCGUUAGGAAUGUGAUGCCUCCAUUAUCUCUGCCAGUGGCAAAGUCCUUUCCACAAGACCUUAAGAUGCUAAGGAAGAAGUGGUUUGAUACUGAGAAAGGAGGAGCUAAAAUCAAUGCCUGGGUGGAUUCUAUGAGAGCUUCUUCACCUACCCAUAUCAAGUCUACUGCUUUCAUACCUGAAACUGAUGAGAAAAGUUCCUGGAUUGUUCACCAUCCCUCAGCUUUGAGCAUGUUUGAGCAAAUAGUGGCUGCUUCAGAAGGAAAACAGAUUGUGAUGUUUCUUGAUUAUGAUGGCACACUGUCUCCAAUCGUUGAAGACCCGGAUCAAGCUUUCAUGUCAAGAGAGAUGAGAGCAGCUGUAAGAGAUGUCGCAAGAUAUUUUCCAACAGCUAUAGUGACCGGAAGGUGCCGAGACAAGGUUUACAGCUUUGUAAAAUUAGCUGACCUUUAUUAUGCUGGUAGCCAUGGUAUGGACAUCAAGGGACCAUCCAAAAGUUGCAAAUACAAGAAAGGUAACCAGGGAGUCCUUUUCCAACCUGCCAGUGAAUUCUUGCCCAUGAUUGAUGAGGUGCACAAAACCUUGGUAGAGAAAACAAAAUGCAUUCCAGGAGCCAAGGUGGAAAAUAACAAGUUUUGUGUCUCCGUACACUUUCGCUGUGUUGAUGAAAAGAGUUGGGCUGCAUUAGCUGAGCAAGUAAGAUCAGUGCUCAAUGACUACCCUAAGCUUAAACUUAGUCAAGGAAGGAAGGUAUUGGAGAUCCGUCCGACCAUCAAAUGGGACAAAGGAAGAGCCCUGGAAUUUUUGUUGGAGGCACUAGGAUUUGCCAAUUCAAAUGACGUUUUGCCUGUCUACAUUGGCGACGAUCGAACCGAUGAAGAUGCCUUUAAGGUUUUAAGUGAUAGAGGACAAGGGUUUGGGAUUCUUGUUUCCAAAGAACCCAAGGAUACAAAUGCUUCCUAUUCUCUCCAAGAACCAUCUGAGGCAAGCAACAUUACUAAUCUUACCAUGCAUGUAAAGGAAUUUUUGCGACGUUUGGUGGACUGGAAAAAACUGUCACAAGGAGAACAUGCACCAUGA